UAUGCUCACGCUCUUAUCGAAAAUUUAAAAGAUUUAUAACAAGCCGUAAUAAGUUACUAGUUUCAAAUCUAAGAUGUACAAUGUGAUUGCAUACUAUUUCUUUGUUGUUUACAUUUGUGACUCGAAAAUGUCUGCAAUCCCAAUACCACGGAAGACGUCAAGCGAAAAAUACGACGUUGAUGGAUUUAUCGAUCAACUGCUCGCAUCUCGAAAAUUCGAUGAACUUACCGAAGUGUUCGCCGACAAAGCUGCAUAUAAAAUAAAAAAUCUAGAUAAUCCUCCAACUGCUAGAACGGAUAUCGAAAGGAUAAGAUGGAGUAAAAAGUCCCACAAAAAUACCAACAAAGAACAAUUUAAAGAUGAUCACACACAUACCGAGUUAAUCAGCAUCAAAUUACGUGAUGACGACACGCACAGUAAGGAAAGUCGAAAGCGAAACCCUACCAUAUCCCUCAAUGAUGGUGAGAUAUCACCUAAUGAAAAUUUAAGACUUAAAUACAAAUAUCUAACAAAAACUGCAAAGACAAAAAAUUCCACAGACCACAAUAAGGUCAUGAUUCUUGAGAAGAAAGAAAACAAUGAGAAACACGCGUUAAAUGAUGAUGAAAAUAUUGAUCUUAAAGAAGAAGCUAAAAAUGAAGAUCAAAAUGACCCAAAUGGAAGCCACGAGAAGCAUGAACAGUAUUACAAUGACAGAGAUGGUGAUUUACAUUAUAAAAGUGCUAAAAUCGAUCACGUAUGGGAUAAAGAGGAGCAUAAAUAUGAACAUAGUUUCCAAGAAGACCUAAACAAAUCUGAGCAUUCGCAUUUACACAUGGAUGACAAUGCAAAAGAUGGAACUCACCCAAACGAAGAACACACAGACCGUGUCAGCCCAGAAUUUAAAAGUAAAGCUUACAGCGUGGAACAUGAGCACGCACAUAAUACAUCAGACGAAAUAAGUGAAGAGAACUUUCAAGGUGUCGCUUCAGACGAGAAAAGUCAUGAAGAAAUCGAUCAUAGAAAGGAGGUGACUUUAAUGAGAGAACCUACAACUACGCGCUUUAAAGUGGAAGCAGUCACCAAUGUUACAAAUAUCACCAUACAAAAAGAUCAUACUAAUGAUGACAUGAUCGGCACUGCACAUUUUAGAGCUCAGAUUUCAGAAGAACAAGUUCAGGCGAAGAGUGAAGAAAAAGAAAGAAGAAUUAGAAAUUUACCUGACAGUGAAUUGAAGAAAUUACUAAAACAACAUCCAACAGAUAAAGAAAUGCGAAUAUUAAAUGAAAAGCUCGAGUUCACACAAGUUAAGCAAGAUAGUAAAAAACCAGAAGAAACAGAAAGAAAUCAGAAAGACAAACUAGAAAAGGAAAAAAGAGAACGUGAGGGAUUAGAAAAAAUUCUAAAAGAUAGGUUAGAGGAAGAAGAAAGAUUGCGAAACGCAGCAGUAAUUUAUGAAAGAAGCGAAAGAGAACAGCGUGCCUUAUUUGGUGUUCCUGAGAUAGAUGAAAGCGUAGAGGAAAUACCAAGCGACGUUGUAAUAAUGGGAGAUAUCAACAUGCAUGAGACACCUAGACACAUAUUAGAAAAGGAGAUCCGAGAGGAGUCAAAGAGACAAGAAAAACAGCACGCUGAGUGGGCGAAAAAAGUCGAAAAAGAAUUGGAAGAACAUAAAGAGAUGAUGAAAAAGGAAUCAGAUAAAUAUCACAAAGAGGCACAAGAGAGGUUAAGCAAAGUUCUAAAAGAUAAAGAGAAAGUUGAAACAGAAAUGGCAGAAUCAUCAAAAGCAUAUGUAGCAGCAAACCUUGAGCAAGCAAAUAAAGUUUUAAAAGAAAAAGCGAAGUAUGACGAAUUGAUGAAAGAGGAAUCAGAUAAAAACAAAAAGCAUCAAUAUGAUAGGUUAAAGGAACUCUUAAAAGAAAAGGCUAAAUAUGAAGAAGAAAUGAAGCAAGGAUCAAUGUUAUUAGCAAAACAGGCAAAAGAGAGGCUAGCAAAAAUAUUAGGACCUAAAAAGACAUUUAUAGAGAAAGUCAUUGAUAAAAAAAAGGAAGUGGAAAAUAAAAUAAAAGGAAUAAAUGUGAAACCCCUGAAAGCAAAGAAAAAAGGACCUGAGAAAGGCACGAAAAAAAAAGAGCCUAAAAAAGAAAAGAAAAAUGAGUCUACAAAAGAGAAAAAGAAAGCAAAAGAAUUCAAUUAUUCAGAUUACAGAGCUGAGGAAGAACAGAUAAAUACUAAAGAAAAACAAAGACAAUACAGAGACCAGAAAGAAUAUGAGAACAAGUUAGAAAGAGAAAUAAGGGAAGACGAUGAAAGCUCAAUAGAAUCAGAAUCAGAAGUGGACAAGCAAACCGAGCUUCAAGGAAUACCAGGAAGCAAGCCAUCUUUCAACAAAGUUAACAUUGAACCAUAUAAGAAUGUAGAAGACGAAUAUAAUAACCGCAUAGCGGAGAGCGAGUCAGCUGCAAACGAUGAUGAUCAGUCAUCAGGGGAGGAUGAAUUAGUAAUAAUGUCUUCUACAACAAAUCCAAUUAUUAGAAAAGAAGGAAAUAAAGAAUACACUUUUGUACAAAAUCCAGAAUACGCGGAAUAUCAUGAGGCAUACGCAAAAAUGCAAAAGGAACAUCCCUUUAAUCCGGCGGAUUUUCUUCAAUAAUUUAGUGUUAAUUUUUUAAUUAUAAUACUUUACUUAUUUGUGU